GAUUAUCAUGACUCAUAUGCACAUUGUUCACAACUGCAACACAUUCACGAGGAAAUGUUUAUCAUUGCAAUUUAAUGACUUGAAUCCUUGAGAGCAGAAUUUCUCCGAGAACAGCCAUGGCUAUGAUGGACGAUGCCAAUUUCCUUCUUGCCCAUAUCCGUAAUUCAUUUAUUACUAGUGAUGAUACGGGCAUGUGCGAGAUAAUCAUCGAGAAUGACGAGGCAGACCGAAACACAAAACUGAUAUCCAGACUAGAUGGAUCCUUGCCUGACAGCGGAACUGAACUGUCAGACCACGAACUAUCAACUUCUUACGACAUUCUUCCAGAUAUGGGAUAUGGACACAGAUUGCGAUCCAACACUGCGCAGCGAUUGGAGCGAUUAAAGAAGGAGAAGAAAAGUCAACGGAAAGUGAAGAACAUUUCUUGGCGGGACUGUCCAACAGAUUACACAGCUGAGGACAAGGGUCAUUUGUUUGAGAAGAAGUCACUGCCUUAUCCAGACUCAGACCUAGGGGAAUUAUCGAAAGGGUCUAAACUGACUCAGCAAAUUGAAAACUAUGCCAGUUUAGGGGAAAACCCAUUCCUUGAGUAUGCAAAAUUCGAUGGACGGGCCAGUGUAGGAACACCAACCAAAAAGAUAGACAUAUUUUUAACCAUGUGUCCCCCAGGGGAAAGGGAAUAUCCCAUCACUGUAAUUGUCGUGGCAAUGGCCAAAAUUCAAGAUCUGAUUGGGUUAAUAUGCUGGCAAUACACCAAUGAAGGACGAGAACCAAAACUAAAUGAGAACAUUGAGAUGUACUGCCUCCAUAUUGCUGAAGAUGAUGGGGAAGUAGACACAGACUUCCCCAGUCUGGACAACAAGGAACCUGUCUCCAAGUUUGGCUUCUCAAAGCUGGCUCUGGUAGAAAAAGAUAUCCCUCCACCCGCCAACAACCGCUCAAGCCAUGUUGUCACAGUACAUGUUCCAAACAGAGGCUUUAAUAAAUUUCAAGUUGAGAAUAUGAGCACAACAAUUAGAGAAAUUUUACAAAGGGUACUGAAGAGGAGAAAGGUUAAAAUAAGACCAGGUCAGCAGUACAACAUGGAAAAACAAGGUGAACCUGGGGUGUCCUUGGAGCUGGACGCUACACUGGCCAGUAUGGACACGUUGGAGUUCUGUCUUGUGAGAGAAAACAGUACAAGAGGGGAACUUGCAGACGAGAGGGAAGGUGACGUCUCCACUAUUGCGGACUCCUUAACCAGUCACCAGUACAAAAGCUACAUCGUCAACAUGAUUCAUCGACUCCGGACCAACACCGACGUCCAGUUAGGGAUAAGCGGGGAGAAGAUAGAGAUAGACCCAGUGGGUACCAAAGGUUCGGUCAAGUUCCUGCGACAGAAAGCAGCUACAUACCUAGCAGACACAAUAGCUUCAGCAGACAUUAUAGAGGAAAAGUCAAAUAGUAAAACUGUGUUCCGAUUGACCUAUUUUACUGAUAAAGACAGUUAUAAGCACCAUGACUUUGAAACUGAUGAUGAUGUAGCUAAUGAAAUAGUUCAAAAAAUUAAAAACAUUCUGGAAAUGAGACUGAGUCCUGUUCGCAAAGAAUACAUGGCCAACAAGGAGAGGAAGUUGAAAAAGAGAGAGUCAUUGAAGUUUAGUUAGCAUCAAUCACAGGAGAGUCAUUGAAGUUCAAACAGCAUUAAUCACAGUUAAAAAGGAGGGUUUUUUUUAUUUCUUGUUAAAACACAGUAUCUCAGGUGUAAUUUUUCAUAAAUAUGUGGAAUGCCUAAAAUUUGAUAUCUAUUCAUUCAAAUGGAAAUAUCAUAAAAGAUCUCAAUAAAUUUAUGCAUAUAUUGAA